AUGGCCAAAGAUUACCCGGUUGAAAUCUACUUUCUUAUCGAUUCAUCAUUUACCAUGGAAUCAUAUAAAGAAGAUCUUAGCAAGGCCGUGGAUCAACUAGUCAGUCGGCUGCACAGCAUCUCAAAUAACGUCAAGCUGGGUCUGGGAGUCAAAAUUAUGACUCCCCAGAAGGAUGGUUCGAUGCAAUUGCACAAGUUGUACAGUGCAAGGUUAACAGGUUUUUUUCUAAAUCUAAAAACAUUUGAUCUGAAUUUUGACAAAGAACACAUUGGUUGGAGUGAGAAAGCGAGAAAAAUGAUAAUUGUCUUAACUGAUGCUAAGUUCCACACGGCCGGUGAUGGAAAGCUUGCUGGCAUAACCGAGCCCAACGAUCUGCAGUGCCAUUUAAAUUCCACAGGCUUUUAUACGCAAGAUCGUGAACAAGAUUACCCGUCAGUCGGUCAACUUAUCCAUUUGUUCGAAACAAGUCAAAUCCAUUUAAUGACGUUUGUUAAAGGUUUUCAAGAUGAAUACAAAAGGUUAACUAAAUACUUACCAAACAGUAUCGUUGGAAACGCUUUCAGUGACAGCAACAACAUGUAUCAAUUUAUCGUUGAAAAUUACGAAAACAUUCAUAGCUCUGUUAAUUUGCAAUUUAUUCAAAAUGACAAAGUGGAUAUUCAAAUGAGAAGCCAAUGCAAUACAGAUAACAAAUGGAUAAAAGGUGGGCAUUGCAGAAACGUAAAAAUUGGACAAAAGGUUUCGUUUGAGUUGACAAUAUCAACGAACUCGUGUGACCCUCAAACAAUUUACAUUCACCCGGCUGGCUUGCACGAAAAAGUUAAAAUAAACAUUCAACCAAUUUGCGAUUGUCGGUGCCAGAUCAACUUGCAAAGAAACCAUUCCGUGUGCAACAUGCACGGAGACGCUGUUUGUGGCUCGUGUCAGUGCCAUGAAGGCUACUACGGAGACAAGUGCCAGUGCUUCACUGAACGUUCUGCCCUACAACUGGUCAGGUGUGUUCGAACAGAGGCACAUGUGACUGUGGAGUGUGUGCGUGCCAACCAGUCAGGGCAAGUGAUCCAUCUAAACUUUUCACCGGCCCCCAAUGCCAGUGUAACGACCAUGAUUGUGAACAAAUACAGGGACGAAUGUGCAACGGUGGGCAGCAACAAUUUACCACGAACUCAUUCCAAUGACGAUCGACGUUGUAAAAUAAAUUUGGUUUAUUAUUCAGGCAAAGGGACAUGCCAUUGUGGUAAGUGCCAGUGCCGGCCAGGCUUCAGUGGGUCAGCUUGCGACUGCCCCACCAGCAACAAGACAUGUUUGGCCUCCAACGGAGAUCUGUGCAACGGAGUGGGUGAGUGCAACUGCGGCGUGUGUCAAUGUGCAAAAGAUCGCCCGUUCAUAGGAGACACCUGUGAAGAAUGUCCGACAUGCAGUGACGACGUUUGCCAGGAACAUGAAUUUUGUGCCUCUUGCUUCUUCGAACCAGAUGAUCACAUCUGUCACUCCGAAUGCUCAACCAACAUUCAUCCGGUGAAUCAACUUCCAGAAAUGUCAGCGAAUCAAAUAUUUUGUGAAUCUCACACAACCAAGUGUACGACGAAGUUCAUCUACGACCUGAGGAGUUCUUCAAUUGUACUGCAAACAAAAAAAGAAUGUGUAUCAGAGUUGAUGAUUAUUGGAUCGGUUGUCGGUGGAGUAGCAAUGAUCGGAGUCAUUAUGUUGGUCGUCUGGAAGGUCGUCGUCACCGUUCACGACAACAAGGAGUACAAAAAAUUCGAAAUGGAAAGAAAAAUAGCUAAAUGGGCUACGGCAUCUAAUCCACUGUACAAAAGUGCUGUAACAAAAUUUAUCAACCCGGCAUUCCGUGAAUAA